AUGUCGCGUCCUGUAGGACUGUACGUCUCUGAAAAGGCGUCUCGAGAGACGAAGAAAUCUUUGGCGCUUCUUGAGUGCGCAAGCGAGCACCCGCUGGAGGAUGAACGUCCACAAGAGCAACCGCCAAAGCCUGUAGCCGGAGUUUCCCGCGAUGUUCCGAGUGAAACUGACGCUGCCAUUUGCGAUGCAGUGGACUGUGGCGAGUAUCGGCGUGCCGAUUUCCAUGCAAGCUCACUGGGAACACAUGCUGAAGCUGCUUCCUGUGCAGUUGUUCAAAGCAGCCCUCUUUUCACAAAGACUGUUGUCGAGGAGGAGACAGACAGUGUUGACACGGAAGGCAACUUUCGAGAAAAAUUGCGAAUGUGGGCGGUUCGCCACAAUAUCAAAAGAAGGGCAGUUUCGGAUUUACUGAAGUUGUUACGAAGCCAUCCCACUUUAGCAGAACUACCCGAAGAUGGACGUACACUUCUCCGUACGCCGCGCCAAGCGCAAGAGCUGUGCGGGUCAACACCGUUAGAGCCCGGUGAAUAUUGCCAUUUCGGGCUUAAAGCUGGGCUGCUGCGUAUACUGCGUCAUGUCGAACACCCACCUUCUAUGAUCCCCCUCUCGUUCAAUAUAGACGGUCUUCCGUUAUCUAAAAGUUCAAGAAUGCAGUUGUGGCCUAUUCAGUGCAUUGCCCAUGCCUGUGGCGAUGGAACACCAUUUCUUGUUGGCGCCUUUGCUGGGCCAUCAAAGCCAGCAUCCUCGAGGGAGUUCCUUAGGCCAUUCGUUGUAGAGUUACAAGAAUUGAUUUCAGAGGGUGUUGUUGUAGAUGGCAGUGUUGCUCAAGUAAGUAUGGCAUAUGCUAUUGUUGAGUUUUUGACCCUUGAUGAGGUUGAAGUGGUACCGUCAACAUGGAUAAAAGGGAAUCGGUGUGUCUGGCCACCAGAGCACAUUAAAGGAGACAAGGUUGUCACAAUGGUAAAAAAAGCAGCAAUGCCGGAUGCUUCUUGGAAACGCUUUGAGGUGUCUGUAAAAGGGCUGUUUGAAACCUACGACAUGGCAAGGAGAAAACUCAACCGAAGUGAACGGGACUCAGACUUGAACACAGACUCUGAUGUUCCAAGGAAGAGAUCAAGAAAACCACCUCAGCCAUGGUCAGACUCUGAUGACUCCCAGGCAUCGCAAACAGCUAAAACACAACAAAAAGGAGCAGUUCCUGUUCCUAGCGAUUUCCCACUAGGUGAUAUACAAGAAUCGGCAUCAGUUGGUGAGAAGGACACCUCUUGUGUGGGUUAG